UUGUUCUCUUUUGCUUGUCCUUAACAUUUCGUCUUUUUAAUGCUCUUAUAUGCAUUAACACUAUCUUGUUGUGGUUCCCAUAAAGAAUAAAGAGAACAGGAAAGAAAGGCAUGCAUUUCACACUUUUUAUUUUGCUAAUUAAGAAGUCUAGAGUUUGUUUCGUUCCUUUUUUUUAAAAAUAAUUUUUACACAAAUAUAAUAAAUGUGUUUUUUAGAAUUCUUUUAUGAAGUAAUUUAUUGCAAUCCUUUUUCUUCAUAUAGAUUUUAAUGACCUUUUCGUUAAUAUAUUUGUACUGAUAUAAGAAUGUUUUGUGUUGAAUAUGUAUGUUUGACAGAUGGCAAAGGCAAUACUAAGUAUUGUUCUUAUUGCUGUUUCAUGUUGCUUUGCUCUUCUUGCUUCAGGACAGCUUACUUAUCCAUCUGAAGUUGACGCACUGAAUGGCAUUUGGCGUAAACUCCAAGAUCCAAUGAAAAACCUCAGAAACUGGACAAAAAGAGAUCCAUGUGUAUCAAAAUGGACUGGGGUAAUCUGCACGUAUCAAGAUGAUGGUUAUUGGCAUGUUCAUGAAUUGCGGAUGCUAAAAUUGAAUCUUUCUGGAGAUCUUGCCCCUGAAAUCGGCCAACUACCUAAUUUGACUAUAUUGAAUUUUAUGGGGAAUAAUAUUACUGGCAGUGUACCAAAGGAGAUAGGCAAUAUAAAAUCAUUGAAGUUUCUGCUUUUAAGUGGAAAUCAGCUUUCUGGAUCUUUAGCAGACGAGCUUGGUUAUCUGCCCAAGUUAGUGGUGUUUCAGGUUGAUUUGAAUCAGAUAUCAGGAUCACUGCCCAAAUCUUUUGCAAAUCUGGCCAAGUGCAAGCACUUUCACAUGAACAACAACUCAAUUAGUGGUCAGAUUCCACCAGAGCUCUUCACCAUGCCUCAACUUGAGCAUUUCCUGUUGGACAAUAAUAACUUAUCAGGUUAUCUACCACCAGAAUUUUCACAGAUGCCAAACUUGAAAAUACUCCAACUUGAUAAUAACAAUUUUGGUGGAACAGAGAUUCCUGCUUCUUACGGCAACAUGCCCAACCUGUUGAAACUAAGUCUUAGGAACUGCAGCUUGCAUGGAGCUAUUCCUGAUUUCAGUAGUAUUACAACAUUUCGUUAUCUUGAUCUGAGCCAUAACCAACUUACUGGAGGGAUCCCAAUGAAUAAGCUUUCUGAUAACAUCACAACUAUUGAUCUAUCUUAUAAUUUGCUGAACGGAUCCAUCCCUUCAAACUUUUCAGGCCUGCCUCAUCUUCAGAGAUUGUCACUGGAAAACAAUUCGUUAAGUGGAGAUGUUCCCUUCACUAUUUGGCGAAAUGUAAAUUUUACUGCUAAGGCAAGACUUAUCAUAUUAACUACGUCCAGCAUGGUGGAUGAAUCGCUUGACUUGCCUGGUCCUCUGUGCACAUGCUUUACUUGCAGAGAUUUCCGGAGUAAUUCGCUUUCAAAUUUUUCAGGCAGAAUAGAUCCUCCUUCAAAUGUUACAAUUAGGCUCCAGGGCAAUCCUGUGUGUACCUUAGCAAAUCAACUAAACAUAGCCCAAUUCUGUCGAAUUACUCUUGGAAAUGAUGAUUUUGUAUCUGGAAAUGGAAGCUCAAGUAACUAUAAUGACAGCUGCCUACCUCAAUCUUGUCCUCUCGGUGACAACUAUGAUUAUGUCCCAGAAUCUCCUGAUCCUUGCUUCUGUGCUGCACCUUUAGGAGUCACGUUACGCUUAAAAAGUCCUACCAUAUCAGAUUUUCGUCCAUAUAUUUAUUCAUAUAAGAUGUUCAUUACGUCCAAUCUCAGCUUGGAUCUUUAUCAACUAUUUGUGGAAUCAUUUAUAUGGCAAACGGGUCCUAGGCUACUGCUGUAUUUAAAAUUUUUCCCUCAAUAUCAAUAUAGCAACAAGACUCAUAAAUUCAAUGACACUGAGGUACAACAGAUCGAAGACAUGAUUGCUACACUUUCAAUUCCUCCGGAUGACAUCUUUGGUUCAUAUGAGCUGCUCAGUUUUACACUCGGACUUUACUCAAAUGUUUAUCCCCAGUCCUCGAAAUCAGGAAUAAGUAAAGGUGCCAUAAUCGGAAUAAUCUUAGGGGUCAUGUCCCUUGUAGGUGUAAUAUCUUCGACAGUUACGGUCCUCUUCUAUAUAUGGAGCACCAAAUCCGGGCAUGACAUAUCAAAAAAAGAGUCAAGUAAGUCCACAUUUGCAAAAAUUCCGAUCGGAACUGAUAGUGUUAAGGACUUCAGCUUUGGAGAACUUGAAGCAGCUACAACUGGUUUCAACGAUACCACUCAAGUUGGUCAAGGAGGCUACGGAAAGGUUUACAGAGGCAUUUUGGCUAAUGGAACAGUAGUGGCAAUUAAGCGUGGCCAACAAGGAUCUUUGCAGGGUCAGAUAGAAUUUAUAACUGAAAUAGAACUGUUGUCGCGAGUGCAUCAUCGGAACCUGGUUUCUUUGGUUGGAUAUUGUAUCGAACAAGGCGAGCAGAUGUUAGUAUAUGAGUUUAUGCCCAAUGGUUCUCUCCAUGAUCUUCUCUCAGAUGGAUGCAGGCAUACCUUGAGUUUCCCCAUGCGGUUGCACAUUGCAUUGGGCUCAGCCAAAGGCAUCCUCUACCUACAUACUGAAGCUGACCCACCAAUAAUUCAUCGGGAUAUCAAGGCAAACAACAUAUUGUUGGACUUCAAGUUUACUCCUAAAGUUUCUGAUUUUGGAAUCUCAAGGCUUGCACCAGUACCAGAUACUGAAGGAGCUGCUGCUCAUGUAUCCACAGUUGUGAAAGGCACACCAGGCUAUCUGGAUCCUGAAUAUUUCUUGACUCACACGUUGACAGAGAAAAGUGAUGUCUAUAGCCUUGGAAUAGUGUUUCUGGAACUUUUGACAGGGAUGCCGCCUAUCUCUCAUGGCAGAAACAUUGUCCGAGAGGUUUAUGGAGCUUGUCAAUCAGGAUUGAUGUUUUCCAUCAUAGACCGGAGCAUGGGUUCAUACUCUUCUGAAAUCAUCAAGAAAUUUAUGGCACUGGCCCUGAAGUGUUGCCAGGAUGAUCCCAAGGAACGACCGACAAUGUUGGAAGUUGUGAGAGAGUUAGAGAACUUAUGUUCACUGCUUCCGGAGUCCGACAUGAUUCCAACAGAGUCAGAUGCGUCCAUUUCCGAAGUGUCAGGGGUUGGCUCAUCGCAUCUCUACUUUGGAAAGAAUUCCCAUCCCCAAAUGACCACUGAAAUCAUAGGAAGUGAACUUGUUAGCGGUGUAAUCCCCACCAUCAAGCCUCGCUGAUGCAAGCAGCCUUGUUUACUCAAUGUUGGAAUCAAAUGUGCUCUCAUCAGUUCAUCAUGUUGAAUAUUUUGAAAGCAAAUGUAAUGAGGCUGCUCAGUCACUGUAUAUGGCUUUAAUUUUACGUGAAAAAUGGGAAACCAAUAGCUAUGUAUGUAAAUACUAAAAUUGUGCAUUUUGUCUGGAAAAUAAUAGAAUAUCAUCACUAAUAAUGAAGAUAGUGUUUCAGAUUUUUUUUUUGAAUGACUUUGAAUUUAAUUAUCUCAUAACAAUUUCACAUUGCUUAGUAGUAAAAACAUUCUACAAUUUCUUGAUGAAAUGAAUAUCCAGGACAGGUCUUACGGUAAUAUCAUCCCCAU